GGUUGCUCCAAAUGAUAUCUCCACGAUACGAAACUCAAAGGACCACCUAGUUUCCCAGCUACCCCCCGUGGAUGUCUGGGGGAGCACAUUUGUUACAGUACCUACUCCCGGGCGACUUUUUGGUGACAUGGUAAAAAUUGUAGCAAGUCAGGCCAACACUGCUGUAAACAUAACUGGCUUUGAUACACAGUAUAUCAAUGACAGUGGAGGAUAUUUGCAGGUUCGGCUUCCUGCAGAACAAUACAGCACAAUUCAAGCUGACAAGCCAGCCAUGAUGGUUAUGCUGUCCAUUACACAGGACAGUUCGGAGUCCGAGGGUGACCCUUCAAUGACAAUAGUGCCCUGGCUAGAACAAUUCAACUCGAAAUACACAUUCACCACUCCGAAAUAUUCCCUUGGCUCAUAUUUGAAUUACGUUUUACUGGUUAUUGAGGAUAAAUAUAAAGAUGGGUUAGUCUUAGAUGGUGACAGUACACGCGUAAAUCAAGAGGCAACUUGGCAUACCUUCCCAGGGUUAGCUGAUUACGUAGGGACGUAUUUCGGUAUAGAGGAGGGCUCGCAUCAUAUUGAACAUUCCAACCCAAAUGCGUCAUUUGGGGCUUAUCUAUAUGGAAAGGCUAAUUUUGAAUCGUAUGGACUCCCCACUGGAAUGAAAUUGACAAAAAUAAAUGAGUGCCCUGGUAGUAAUGGUAGUAUAAUAGAUGGUGUUGAUAAUGACUGUGAUGGACUUAUAGAUGAAGAAACCUGCGGACCCUCUGCAACAGAUGACGACAAGGAUGGAAGAGUCGAUGAAGACUGUGGUUUUUAUGAAGAAACAACUACAGAUACUCAGUCAACUACAAAAUAUAAUAGCACAACAGAACGUUCAAGCAUAACGACAGAAAGUGAAAGCACAACGACAGAAAGUCCAAGCACAACGACAGAGAGUUCGAGCACAGCAACUGAAAGUUCAAGCACAACGACAGAAAGUCCAAGCACAACAACAGAAAGUUACAUUUCUACUGAGACAUUGUCUGCCACAUUAGUAACCACCGAGCCACCCCAGGGCUUUGUAAUCAUCCCGCCAUCCCAAGGCGUUGUAGACGCCCCACCAGUUCAAGGCGUUGUUGUCGCCCCACCAGUUCAAGGCUUUAUAACCACCGCAAGUUCGUCCACAACUCCAGUUGUUAAGUCAGUUAACAUAACUGAUGACCAAGCCCUCACAGCUGCCAGACAGAGAAAUGAUAAAAAGACAAAUGCUGUACUUGGAAUGCUGAUCCCGAUUACGAUUCUGUCUCUGGUUGGUUCUAUUGUUCUGAUUGCUGUAGUCGUUAAAGUGGUCAGAAAAUGCAGACGCUAUAUGCCUCAAGAAGAUGCUGAUGGUUUAGUAAAACCUACAAUGACACCGGCAAGAAAUGUUGUGACACCAACAAAGCAAACCAUAUAGAUCUCCCUUUCGCGGUUCGCUCUUUGAAUCAGAACGUUCGCAAAUAUGUACUGAAAAAGCAAUCAAAAAGGACAACAUAUGAUUGGUCAAUAUUUUCCCA